UAAUUUUGUCUUGUUGUCUUGCUUUUGUUGUCUUUCUUUGUCGACAAGUCGAACAUUGUCGAAUUAAAAUUGGCUCUCUUUCUUCUUUUUCCUGUUCAACCACCCUUUCGGGUUUUUUAUAUACACUUAGUUGUAUAUAUUUUUGUGUUCAUAUAUAAAAAAUAUAUAUCUUGACAGAAAAGAAAUAUAUAUAUGAUUAAAGUGAGUGAGUGUGCGCGUGGGUGUCGUGUUCACUGUCGUCUACCAGCUUUGUCCAUAAUAAAAUUAAUAAAUAAAAAAUUAAUAAAUUAAAAAAAUAUUAUAAAUAAUACAUACAAUAAAUUUACAUAAUAUUUAUCAAUUAAAUAAUUAUACAAAUAACUCAUUCAUCAGCGGCUGCAGUUUGAUGAAAAUUUAUUAUGGAUAAAUAUGAGUAUUGACAAGAUGACACUGCCUUAAAAUCUGGAGUAAAAAAAAGUUAAUUUAAUAUUAAAAAAUCUGCACGUGCUAAAAGACAUUGUUGAUUUCUUCAAGAAAAAUCGAAAUAGAAAUAAAAUGCACAGUGAAAAAAAUGAGCAAAAGACCAACUUAAAUGGAUGAUAUAAAAAAAGGAGUAAAUAAAAAAUACAUAAUAACAAUAAUAAGAUAAAAAAAAAAAAUCUCGGAUGUGCAUCGUUACUUCUGCUUCUUUCCAGUCAGUAAAAGCAGGCAAAAGCAAGUAAAAGAGUCAGAUAUUUAUCGUCGCGCCGCUGGAUUACCGAGGACAACAUUGUAACUAAAUAAAAUGUUAAUGCAAGAAGCUGAACAAAGCCACUUCAAUUUGUAAUUCAACCAAAUUCAACUAUUCACAACAAUCAGUACAUACACAAAGUCAAAUUAAAAAUAAUAACUGUGUUGAUGAAUCAAUAAUUACCAACUCAUAUUUGAUUCUCUUUUGACACUUGUCUGUUUUGUUUUUGUCAAGUUUGACAAUUGAAAAAUAAUAUUAAUUAUUACAACAAUUAAUAUAUAAAAAAAUGGUGAUUGUGUGAGCUUGAUAAAUGUGUGAGAGAUAAAUAAUUUGUGUUAAUUGCGAUGUUUUUACAAAAGCUACAUAAUAAUAUUGUUGAUAAUUAUAAAAUUAAUUAUUUAACAUGUGAAAAAGUAAAUAAAAAAUUUCAAUAAUGAUUACAAAAAAUAACAGAUAAAACAAUGUGAUUAAUUAAAAUAAUAUUGUGCAAAUAAAUCAAGGAAGAAAAAGUUGAACAAAAAAAAAAAAAACCACAACAUUUGGUAAUUAUUGUUUUUUUUUUUCGUUAUAAAUAUUAUUUUAUUUUUUGAUUUAAAAACAUACAAGAAAAAAGACUGAAAAUAAUAUUGAAAAAUUAUUUAAUAUUUUGAUAAAAUAAUGGAGCAAAAGCAGGAAGAGAGUGUCGAAUGAGUUGGUGUCAUCAAACUUGUGUUCGGCCAAGUGCCAACAACCUCACAAACAUACUGAGAUUAAACUCAUAAUGUGUUUGUCCUCGUGUACAAUUGACUGUAAUAAAAUUAGACGUACAAAAUCACGUUCAAGAGGUAAAAAAAUUCAACGUAUCAAGAAAAAGUUUGAUAUAAAAUUGACCUGUUUAAACCAAUAUUAAUAAAUAAAAUUUAAUAAAGAGAGAAAGAAAUAUUAAAAACAUUUUCUAGUCCAUGUGCAUUUAAAUAAAAAAAAAUAGAAAAUCUUCACUCAAUUGUAAAGAAUACUUGAAAAAUUUAUCUAUCGUGAUAUAAAAAAAAAAAACUUUCUGAAUAAUGAGAUACAGUUUAUUACAAUUAUUAAUAAAUAAUCCAUCAAUAAUUAUUAAAAUAAAAAAAAUAUUAACAAUAAAAUUUGUUAAAUUAACAUGACAAGCAUUUAAUUGUUUUAUGUAAAUUAAAAAUAUAUUUACAACAACAACAAGUAAAAAAAAAAAGGAAAAGAACAACACAAUUUAUAAUAUACAUUAUUGUAAAAUAAAUAAUAAUAAUUAUUAUUUAUUAUAUUUGUUGUAUUUAAAAGUACAAAUGUCUAGUUUAACAAUAACAGCAAGUAAAAUCGAGAUGCCGUUGUCACUACCAAAUCCAUUUGUGCCAAUGAGCACAAUAACAACUCAAAACUACAUAACAUCAAAUGAAAAUAAUCAUUUACCACCAUUAAAAACAGUUGUUAAUAAUAAUUAUACAACAAAACAACAACAACAUGUUGAUUCAUCACCAAGUCAUUUGACCCAUUCAAGUCACAGUGGUAGUACACAUUUGCCAAGUUUAGGCUCAAGUGGAAAUAAUAGUUUACAAAAUUUAACAUGUAAUUCUGAUAAUUUAAAUAUCAGUUUAAAUUCACAUCAUUCAACAACAACAAGUGGUCAUAACAGUCAUAAUUCAAGUAAUCAUAAUAUUCAUUCAGCAACAAAUAGUCCAAUGGUUAAUAAAAAUAAUAAUCAUCAUCAUCAUCAGCAACAGCAUCAUCAUCAACAUCGUACAUUAAUAUCAUCAGCAUCAUCAGUAGUAGCAGCAUCAGCAACAACAUCAUCAACACUAACAAAAACUACAACAAACACAUCAUCAUCAUCAUUAUCAACAACACCAAUAACAACAACGCCAACAACAACAACAACAAAUGAUAAAAAUACAAGUCGUAUUAUACCAAAAAUUGCUGUUACACCAGAAAUUGUUAUGAAAUUAUAUAUGAGUAAAUUAACACUUUAUGAACAACAUGAAAUAUUUAAUUUUCCACAAAUAUAUUUUAUUGGUGCAAAUGCUAAAAAAAGACCAGCAAUUAUUGGAUUACCAAAUAAUCAUAAUUAUGAUAAUGAUCAAGGUUCAUAUAUACAUACACCACAUGAUCAUGUUGCAUAUAGAUAUGAAGUAUUAAAAGUUAUUGGUAAAGGUUCAUUUGGACAAGUUGUUAAAGCAUAUGAUCAUAAAAUACAUGAACAUAUUGCACUUAAAAUGGUUAGAAAUGAAAGAAGAUUUCAUCGUCAAGCACAAGAAGAAAUUCGUAUAUUAGCUAAUUUACGUGAACAAGAUAAAGAUAAUACAAUGAAUAUAAUACAUAUGUUUGAUUCAUUUACAUUUAGAAAUCAUAUGUGUAUUACAUUUGAAUUAUUGAGUAUUAAUCUUUAUGAAUUAAUUAAAAAAAAUAAAUUUCAAGGUUUUAGUUUACAAUUAGUUAGAAAAUUUUCACAUUCAUUAUUACAAUGUUUAGAUGCAUUGUAUAAAAAUAAAAUAAUACAUUGUGACAUGAAACCAGAAAAUGUAUUAUUAAAACAACAAGGACGUAGUGGAAUAAAGGUAAUUGAUUUUGGCUCAAGUUGUUAUGAAGAUCAAAGAGUAUAUACAUAUAUACAAAGUCGUUUUUAUCGUGCACCAGAAGUUAUACUUGGUGCAAAAUAUGGUAUGCCAAUUGACAUGUGGAGUCUUGGUUGUAUACUUGCUGAAUUAUUAACUGGUUUUCCAUUAUUACCUGGUGAAGAUGAAGCUGAUCAAUUAGCAUGUAUUAUUGAAUUACUUGGUAUGCCACCAAGAAAAUUAAUUGAUAAUGCAAAACGUUCUAGACAAUUUUUUAGUUCAAAAGGUUAUCCAAGAUAUUGUAAAGCAACAACAACAACAUCUGGUACAACAAUAUUACAUGGUGGUAUGUCAAGACGUGGUAAAUUACGUGGUCCACCAGCAUCAAAAGAUUUAAAAGAUGCAUUAAAAGGUUGUGAAGAUCCAUUAUUUCUUGAUUUUAUUAAAAAAUGUUUACAAUGGGAUCCAGAACAAAGAAUGUCACCAAGUAAAGCAUUAAGACAUGCAUGGUUAAGAAGACGUUUACCACGUCCACCAGAUGAUAAAGUUGAUAGUUUAAGUGUACAACAAAUUAAUACAUUACCAGCAUCAAGUAGUAGAAGUUCAAGUAAAACAAAUUUAUUAAGUUCAACUGGUCUUACUAAUAAAAUACGUGAAAUAAGUGAUCAAAGAGCAACAAUACCAACAAGACAUCCAUCAUUAUCACAUGCCAUUACUACAAAUCAUCAUCAUCAUCAUCACCAUCAUCAACAACAACAUCAACAACAACAACAGCAUCAACAGCAUCAACAACAACAUCAUCAUCAACAACAACAACAACACAAUUCAAUUCAUAAUCACAAUGGCUCACAUGAAUCAUCACAUGAUAGUCACAGUUCAUCUGGUGGUUCAAGCAGGUUUGUUGUUACUAAAGAAACUCUUAUUGAUACAUGGCGGUAAAGCUUAGCCUUUUCUCGGUUAACCGAGUACAAUAUUUAUUGCAAAAAUAAUAAUAAAUCAUUUUAUAUAAAAAUUGAAAGAAACAUAAUUAAAUACUUAAUUAUUGACGCAGUUUUAAUUAAAACUCAGGAGAGUAUAAAUAUAUUAUUAUCAUUUGCAUUUAAUGUGAAUUUAUUUUUAUUUUAUUUUUUUAAGCAAAUGCUUUAGAAAAUAUUAAAUUCUUAUUUGCAUUAACGUGAUGAUAAUGAUGAUUUUAGAAAUUUAGAAAUAACGACUGCUUUGUGGUAAAAAUUUUGUGAAUUUGUUUUUUUUUUUUUUUCGUAGAAUCUAUAGAGCCGUGAUAAGGAACACAGAAUGUUUUGUGAUAUAAUACUUAGGCGUUUAAUUGUAGUUUCAAUGUUAAUCAAUUAUGAUAAUUGAACUAUUAAAAUCAUUAUUUUAAUGCGCUAAUUAUUAGAAUAGUUAACUCAAUAAUUAAUAAAAAAAGAAAAAUGAAAAAUACAAAAACAACAAAAGUAUAUAUAUAUAUUAUAUAAAUAUAUAAGAGAGCAAUUAAAAAAUAAUAAUACAUAUACGUUAGUUUGCAAAGAAUAAAUAAAAAAUAGAAAAAAAAAAAAAAAAAAAUUGUUCUUAGUGAUGUAGUUGAAGCGUAGUCAAGUCGGAAAUAAGCCGAAUUGACCGUGUAAGAAUUUGUUGUAUGAGCAUCAUCGUAAUGUCGCAUUGCUCAGUAGUUCACUAGCAUAUUUUUUUUUUUUUUUUUUAAUUGUUUUUUCUCUUAGAAUAGAGAAUUAGAAAAGAAAAAAAAAAAAAACACUUUUGACAAAGACAACACAUUAUUGACGCAUUUAUAAGCAUUUGCUUUUUAGUAGAAAAAAUUAUUUUAGAAUGAAACACUUGAAUGUUUUUGUCACUGCCAGAACCAAUUUUUUUAUCAUUUAUAUUUUAAUGUUAUAUAGCUGCAUACCGUAAUUAUCAACAUUAAUAAAUGUUUGAAUUAACUGAGCAAUAUAAAAAUGAAUUUAAUAGAAAAAAAUUAAAUAAAAAAAGGAAGAAAAUUAUUUAUGCUGCGUUGGUAAUGUGAUGUCAAAUUCGAGUUCGAUAAUGUCUUCUUGACAUUGUGAAAAAAAAAAAAUAAUGUGAAUUUUUAUUAGAUUAAAGAAAAAAAACCAUUACACAGAA